AUGCCGAGUGCUCUCGCGCUGUAUGCCGACAUUUUGGCUACGUGUGAACAUGGACAAAGUCGUUACAGUGUCAAUUCAUCAGGUGAUCGAAUGUUUUUGUCGUCCGCAAUAUAUCACGACGAGCUUGUAGCCGGAUACUCUAUCGAUCAUCCACAUCCCAAGGAGGUAAUCAAAAUUGUGUGCUAUUGCAACCCAGAAGUGGCGACAAGACAACCCCACGGCGUCAUUCGAGAUACGUAUCAUCACCAGCGGAAUCGUGGAGACAUCUUUCAUUCUUUUGUCAAAAAACAUCAAAUGAAUAUUGAAACAACAAAGACAGCAACAACACAACUGUUGAAUGAAUAUUACCAAAUCAGCACUCAAGCCAUACCAACACAAAGAGUCAAGUCUGAAUGGCAGGAUGACAACAAACGAGGUUUGUUUUUGGGAAUCAUCCAAGAGGGAGAAACCUCACACAUCACUCGACUGCACAACCUGCUGACUGCCAACCAAUUUGCAGAGCAGCAAGAGUUCUCAACCAAGAUCCAGUUGGCAGACCCAGAGCAUCCUCGUACAUUCAUUGAUGACAUGUUUGGGUAUUACAUACUGCCAUUCCACAAAGACUACAAUGAUUCAUCCAGCUGUCACACUCCAGUUUCAUCAAAUCCAACAUCAAGAACCAACUCUGCUGAUGAUCUGGACUAUGUUGCAAAACUGUCCUUGCAAGGAGCACACAUCAUAUCCCAAAAGAACAUUGGAAUGGCAUACAACGAACCAUCCAUCUUGCUACGAUCUGGUUUGACGCAGAAACAUCAAAUACAGAACGGACUGUUGUUGUGUAUCAAGUGCCAUGACCAAUUUGGUAAACUAAAGCAAUAUGUGGAUGUAGUGGAUGACAAACUGGUGAUCAAAGUGAUCAAUGACUCAACAAGUGACAAGCACAAGAAGUGGAUUGAGACAAUUGAAGAUUUGAAAGUUAUCCGCAGAACAAGGCAAAAGAGAUGGAUUGACAAUCGACAAACAGUCGAAUUCAACAGUGAAAUGACAUUGUAUUUCAUUCACAACAAUCCAACUCGACUACCAAACAGGAACGCACUAGAAUUCCACAAGACAGCAUGUCUCAUUUGGUGUAUGGCUGGUGGUGUAGAAUCUGAUGAUGAGUAUUGUCCAUAUGAUGAUGGCUGUACUCCUGUCGAUUACCAGAGUAAGAAUAUCGAGAAAUGGAUGGACUCGAGUGCUAUUUUGAUCAUUGAAAAUGUUCAAUAA